AUGCCAGAUGAAUCAUGCACUGUUUGUGGAUACACCAUUCCAAAGGGUACUAUCGUCUAUAUGAAUGUUUGGGCACUCCAUCGGGAUCCGAAGAUCUGGACCAAUCCAUUGGAGUUCAAGCCCGAGAGAUUCUUGAUCGACAAAUGGGAUUACAAUGGAAAUAAUUUCAAGUUUUUGCCAUUUGGAUCAGGGAGAAGAAUAUGCCCAGGAAUCCCCCUUGGGGAGAAGAUGUUGAUGUAUAUAUUAGCAUCGCUGUUACACUCGUUUGAUUGGAGGUUGCCAGAAGAUGAAGAGUUUGAGCUUUUAGACGAAUUUGGAAUUGUGACAAAGAAAAGGAAAUCACUAAUAGCUAUACCCUCUCGAAGACUAUCUGAUGCAAGCCUCUACUUUUGA